AAAUGGAAAUAUUGACCUCUGUCUUUAGGGCCUGGACUUUGAUGGUUUCCAACAUUGCCCUCUCCUCUGUGUCAGUCUACCUCUCAGAGAAAUUCGUGAUCCCUGAGAAGCUCUCCAGACCCCCAGCUGGCCAUGUGGUGAGGUCAAGGCCCCGAUCAGGUAGUACAGCAGCCAUCCUGAGAGCUCCUUCUAUCUGUUUUGAACAAAUCUGAAGCAGCUUCAAGCCUGGAGAGAUGGUGUCACAAUCUACCAGCCAACAGGAUUCUCCCGUGGACCUCUGGGAAGGCAUCGGCGAUGACUCUAGCAACAUUCACGGUUCUCCCAGGCUCCUGGGGCCUGACCAGCCCCCUUGCCAACUAGACGUCAGGCUCACAAGGCACAAAGCUGCCUGGAUUAACCCUCAGUGUGUGCAGCAAGAGCUGCAGGAUUUGCCACCCCAGGUGCCAGCAGUGGGGACCAUCAGGAACCACUUUGCAGCAGAUACUGCCUCUCCCUUGAGCCCUUCACCCCUGUCCCUUGGUGACUCCCUGGCAGAGACAUCAUUGUCUGAGGAUACUGCAGACUCCGCUGGCAGUGCCUUUGCCCAGGGCUUAAGUGAAAAGAGUGACUUGUCUUUGACCUCCACUGAAGAAUGGGUGGUGCUCCCAGGGCUCUCUCAUCUCGCAUCUCUGCUCAAAAGCUCUAAGAUUUUGGCCACGUUCCCGUAUCCUGAGGUUGACAGUGCUUUUUUCAACCCUUCCCACCUGACAGCUUCUGCUGAUGAAGGUGCUGUUCAAGUCAGUGGAAAACCCAUUUCUUUGAAUUCCUUCUCACCAGAGGCAUUAGAGCUGCCUGUCGAUGUAGAAAAGGAAAAUGCCCACUUCUACGUUGCAGAUAUGAUUAUAUCAGCAAUGGAGAAAAUAAAGUGUAACAUUCUGAGUGAACAGCAGGCAGAGAACUGGAGUAAAGAAGAAGCCAGUGGGUCACUUGGACUUGAUCCAGCUGACUCUGAAGUGACCUUUGGUACCAACAUAAAGCAAGAAUCUGGGUCUGCCACUUCUUCAGACAGUGGCUAUGAAAGUUGUGCUGUGUUACAGGUCAGCCCAGUGGCCGAAACACCUACUUGCAAGGAUGCUGGGAAAGAGGCCUGCAAAUGUGACUUUGAUGAAUUUGUUAUUUUAGAAGUUGGAGAGUUUAACGAUAUCACUGAAACCUGUCGGUGUUCCUGCAGCUCCUCUAAGAGUGUCACUUAUGAGCCAGACUUCAAUUCUGCUGAGCUGUUGGCCAGAGAGUUGUACCGAGUGUUCCGCAAGUGCUGGAUGCUGUCAGGAGUUAAUUACCAGCUGGCGGGUUCCCUGAAUGCAGCCAGCUCAAUAGUUGUCAAUGAAGAGCGUGUCCGAGAAGACUUUGAAUCAAGUAUGAGCGUAGUACAGGAGAUUAAGUUUAAGUCCAGGAUCAGAGGGACUGAAGACUGGGCGCCCCCAAGAUUUCAAAUCAUAUUUAAUAUCCAUCCACCACUUAAGAGGGACCUGGUGGUGGUGGCCCAGAAUUUUUUCUGUGCGGGCUGUGGAACUCCAAUAGAGCCUAAGUUUGUGAAGCGGCUCCGGUACUGCGAAUACCUGGGGAAAUAUUUCUGCCACUGCUGCCACUCCUACGCGGAGUCCUGCAUCCCUGCCCGGAUCCUGAUGAUGUGGGACUUCAGGAAGUACCAUGUGAGCAAUUUCUCCAAACAGCUGCUCGAUAGCAUAUGGCACCAGCCCAUUUUCCAUUUGCCCAGCGUCAGCCAAAGCCUCUACGGGAAAGCCAAGGAGCUGGACAGAGUGAAGGAAAUCCAGGAGCAGCUUUUCCACGUCAAGAAGCUGUUGAAGACCUGCAGGUUUGCUGCCAGUGCAUUAAAGGAAUUUGAGCAGGUGCCGAGACACCUGACUGAUGAGCUCCACCUGUUCUCCCUGGAGGACCUGGUCAGGAUCAAGAAGGGGCUGCUGGCACCCACCCUCAAGAACAUUCUGAAAGCUUCGCUUGGGCAUGUGGCCGGCUGUGAGUUGUGUCAAGGAAAGGGCUUUAUUUGUGAAUUUUGCCGGAAUACGACUGUCAUCUUCCCAUUUCAGACGACAACAUGUAGAAGAUGUUCAGCGUGCAGGGCUUGCUUUCACAAGCGGUGCUUCCAGUCCUCCCAGUGCCCCCGGUGUGCAAGGAUCUCAGCCAGGAGAAGCCUUUUGGAAAGUUUGCCCUCUGCGGCGACUUGAUGCCCCUGAGCAGUGGGGAAAAGACUGUUCAACAUGCCUUAUGAUAACACAAUUUGUGUCUGCUAUUGGUAACCUUGUUUUAGGUAUCAGGUAUUGUAUAUUAAGAAAAAAGAUGGACAAUAUUCUCUUUAUUAUAUAUACUUUCAUGUUUUAAAAGAAUGCAGAUUCUUUGUUAUUAAGCAUAAGGUUGUUACUAGUGGUUUUGUUUACAAACGUUUGAUACUUUUGCUGCUACUGGGGUUUUUUAAAAGAGUUUUUUGAUACUUCUUAAACUGUAUUUGAAUAGUUAUAUUUAGCUAAUGCCAGAGCCAGUUU